GUCGUCCCUCUCGGUACCGCCUUCUCUCGCCGCCGCUCUCGUCGCUCCGUCAGUCCCUCUCCGGUUUCUUCUGAAAGCAAACGAUCUUCUCUUUUACCAUCCUGUUCAAAGUAGAGGAAAUUACUAAGCUGUUUCAGCAAUCUGUCCCUUUCUCUCAUCUCUUCGAUUCCGUGUUCGUCAUUCCUCAAGUUUUUUCGUUUUCCUUUGAUACUUCUGCUUUUUAUUUCAGUCUAGUAGUUUUUGUACGGUUACUUGUUCUUUAGUUUCCUUUAUAUUGUUUUCGGGUUGUUACUUUGGGGGUCGAAAAAGCUCUGUUUCUUGAAGAAGCCCUGUGCUCGGUGAAUUGAAAGAUCAACAAGGUCAACCCAUCGAAAGUGGCACAGGUGAAGAACUAAAUAGGAUAGAAUGGCACCUGCAGCGGCUAUUUUCUCUUCCGUCUUGUCCAAUGCAUUACUGUCGCCUAUAUGGGCAUCUCGCUAUUGGCGGAAUGCUCUAUUGCCCCCCGUAGCCCUUGCUAGCGUGCUAACCAGUGCCUCUGAUCACAAGAAUCAUCACCGGAGUAGAAAAGAACACUGCUGGGUGGUGAGAAGAAAGGCCUCCAUUGCCCACUCCUCGUUAGCAAAGGCGGUGACCACCACUGUGAGCAGUUCUCCAGCUCAUGGGUAUCCAGAAUACGAUCGUUUGCUCCCUUGUCCAUUUCAAAAUGAGUCUCCAAGAGUUGAGCACCUUGUAGUCUUAGAAGGAGGACUUGUUCUUGAUUGGAUAUCUAAAGCUUUGGAUCUUCCUCCUUUGUUUGUUGCAGAUCUUAUCCGUUUUGGGGCAGUGCAUUAUGCACUGGUCUGCCCAAAGCCACCUCCAACUGCAACUCCCGAACAAAUUCAAAUCUAUAAAGAAGUAACAGAGCCUUCGGUUUUGCAGAAGAGAUCAUCCAUUAAGGGGAAAACUGUGAGAGAAGCCCAGAAAACUUUUAGAGUUGCUGAUGCUAAUCAAUUUGUUGAAGCAGGAACUUACUUACGUGUGCAUGUGCAUCCAAAACGCUUCCCAAGGUGCUAUGAAAUUGAUUGGAAAUCGAGAAUCAUAGCAGUUACCAGUACUUAUGUCGUCCUCGACAAACCUGCUGCAACUUCAGUAGGAGGAACAAUAGAUAACAUUGAAGAAUGCUGUGCAAUGUUUGCUUCUCGUGCUUUAGCCUUUGAUACUCCUUUGAGGACCACCCAUCAAAUAGACAACUGUACAGAGGGCUGUGUUGUAUUGGCUAGAACAAAGGACUUUUGCUCUGAAUUUCAUGGAAUGAUCAGGGAAAAAAGGGUGAAAAAAUUGUAUCUUGCUCUUGCUGCUGCACCUGUACCUGUUGGAAUAAUUACCCAUUACAUGCGUCCAGUGAAUACUGCUCCAAGAUUAGUUUCAGAAGAUAUCAUUGGUGGAUGGCAUCUCUGUCAACUGGAAGUUUUGGAAUGCAAGGAGGUUAUGUGGCCUGCUGCUAAAGUUAUGGAAACCCAUAAUGUUGAAGAUUGUGGGUGGCCCUUUAAAAAAGUUGCCUAUGAAUGUAAAAUCAAUCUUUUGACUGGAAAAACUCAUCAGAUCAGAGCACAGUUUGCCGCCAUUGGUGCGCCUAUUGUGGGGGACUCGAUGUACAUCCCAUCUGUUAUGGCCAAAACAGCUAAUCCUUCAAUCAACCCAUUUGAUAGAAAAUGGAAGGAAUAUGCUACUGAGGAUGAGAAGAUGGCAGCUAUAGAACAAUGGAUUGCACAGCAUGGGAAAGAACCUUAUGCAGCUAUAGGUCUUCAGGCAUCCCAUAUCUCAUGGGAUGAUGGCAAUUGUUCUUACGAGGCUGGUGCGCCAUGGUGGAGAUCAACAGACCAAUAAACUAUCCCAAUAUAUCGCAUGGUAACUUAUCGAGAUGAGAUUCGAGCAUCUUCAAGGAUGGUAGAACCAAUAGCUUUUGAUGGUCCUCCAUAUAUGAUGGUGCAGUUUAAGCAGAGAAUGUCAAAUGUUGAUAUCUUUUUUGCAAGAAGUCCAAAAAAAAAAAAAGUCUCGAAGUGGUCUAUGCUUGUAUUUGUAACAAUCUACAAUUGAAUUUUGUGACAAGUUCUUUUCUUCUAGCUGCAUUAGUAUUGGUCAUUCA